CCUUGCCUUGCCCUGGGAUAUGUAGCACCACUAUGAUAUAUGAAUGGGCCAGCCAGGUAGGAAAGAAAGAAAGAAGAGAUAACCAAAUAAAGAUAGAGAUCCACUAACUCCAGACGAAGUUCUCUUUACCUCCUGAUUCCUCACAAAGACCCCCCACAAGCCUCAAUUAUUAGCCAGAAAAAAAUUCCAUGCACCUCCCAACCUCGUCCCCCUUUAUAAGGCAAACUGCGAACUGGAAGAGAUGCACCACCCACCCAUGAGCCGCAAGCAGGCCUAGAGGGAGAAGCAGGAGACAGUUUCAUGAUAGGAUAUGGAGCGAGCAGACGAAGCAUCAUCGGUGAACAAGGGGAGCCCAGAGCGGCUUACCAUCGACCAGGACGACGGCGCGUCGUGGCUGAGCCUCACGGUCGGCGCAAAUGGGUCGGCCGAGGCGGCGGCAAACUGCUCCGAGCCUGAGCCUGACCCUGAGCCCAAGCCUUCUGCUGCCCCACACAAGGUUUUCUCAUGCAACUUCUGCAUGAGGAAGUUCUUCAGCUCACAGGCGCUGGGCGGCCACCAGAACGCCCACAAGAGGGAGCGCAGCGCAGCCAAGCGCUCCUACCAUGCGCAGAGGAUGGUGAUGGGGCUGCCUCUCGAGGCGCACGCCGCCUUUGUGCAGUCCCUGCGAGUUAGCCAGAGCUCAGUGAUUCAGAAGUCCAGCCAGCCAACACAAAUCAGGACAGCACCAAGGUUUCAUGAAGAUGGGAUGACCUGGGCAACAAUUCCCUGCGAAGAGGUGCUGAACUCAACAUGGCCAGGAAGCUUCAGAGCAAGGACCCAACCUUCAGACCAACAACCAUCAGAACAAAGUAAGAUAGACUUGAAUCUCAGGCUUUGAUAGGUUGAUGUAUCAACUUUGAACAGUACAAAAGUCCUCAUCAAGUUUGUCCUUCUGAAUAAAUUGGCAUGAAGUGACCAGUUAAGCUCAGCUCACCAUCAGAAUCAAAGAUGGUACUGAACUCUGAAGAUGAUGUUGUUCCUUUUGAAUUCGUGGCGAUGCUGCUGCAAUAUUUAUGUAGCCAGAUAGUUAAUAUGAUCAUGUGUAGUCUAGUUGACAUCGGUGUGAAGGAACCCAGGGAUUUUUUGUACUUACUAGAAGCAGCAUAUAUAAUGUCUCUGUCAGUCAUCCUCAUAUUAAAGGUUCUGCAAGUUCUUGUUUUCAUUAA